UUUUUGUAGAAGUGAAAAAGGGGAAGAAGAGAAAAAUUUUGCAAACGGGUAUGAGAUAAGGUAAGGCAAGGAACUCGGUCACCAUGCUCUGCCUCACUGGAAACACUCUGAAUCUCAUUCCCAACAACCCCUUUCUCUUCCCUUCCUCCACCAACAACCGUGGCCAUUUCCUCAAACCCAUUUCAGCCAUUAUCAACCCUUCUUCCCCGAGGUCACAGCCACAGUCACAGUCACAGCAGCAACUGUACCAACCAUUCAGGCCACCCCCUUCGCCUCUUCCUUCGCGAUACGGCACCCUCGACAUCGCAGGCCGAAUCGAAAUCCUCGCCAAUCGCCUCGGCCUCUGGUUCGAGUACGCGCCUCUCAUCCCUUCCUUAUUUCGUGAAGGCUUCUCUCCUCCCUCCCUUGAAGAAGUCACCGGAAUUUCCGGCGUCGAACAGAACCGCCUCAUAGUAGCUGCUCAAGUGCGUGACUCUCUCGUCCAAUCCAACGCCGAUCCCGAGCUUCUCUCCGCCUUCGACACCAGCGGCGCUGAACUCCUCUACGAGAUUCGCCUCCUGAGCACGUCACAGCGCGUGGCCGCCGCGCGUUUCAUUGUUGAGAAUAGGUUUGAUGGGAAGGGAGUACAAGAGCUCGCACGUGCCAUGAAGGAUUUUCCGAGCAGGCGCGGGGAGAAGGGUUGGGAGUGCUUUGAUUAUACUCUUCCCGGAGAUUGUCUCUCUUUCCUGUAUUACAGACAGAGUAGGGAACAUAGGAACCCUUCUGAACAGAGAACUUCUGCGUUGGAGCAGGCACUGAAGGUUGCGGAGACGGAGAAGGCUAAAGAGGCGGUUUUGGAGGAGUUGAAAGGGAAGGGUAGUGAAGAGGGGGAUAAAGUGGACGAUGGGGACAGAGUAGUGCGUGUUCCAGUGGUGAGGUUGAAGAUUGGGGAGGUGGCGGAGGCGAGUUCGGUGGUGGUGUUGCCGGUUUGUAAGGCGGAGGACAGGGAAAGGGAGGUUUUGGAGGCGCCGUUUGAGUGUAGGAGUGAGGGGGGGUUUGGGGUGGUGGUGGCGGAGAAGGGGUGGGAUAGGUGGGUGGUGUUGCCUGGGUGGGAGCCUGUGGUCGGUUUGGGAAAAGGGGGUGUUGUGGUGUCAUUUGCGGAUGCGAGGGUGUUGCCUUGGAAGGCAAAUAGGUGGUAUAAGGAGGAGUCUAUAUUGGUGGUGGCUGAUCGGAGUAAGAGAGAAGUGGGUGCUGAUGAAGGGUUUUAUCUCGUGAAAGUGAAUGGUGAGGAUUUCAAAGUGGAAAGGGGUUUGGCGUUGAAGGAAAUGGGUGUGAAUGAGAGUUUAGGGACUGUAGUUUUGGUUGUUAGACCGCCCAAAGAAGAGGAUGAUGAUCAAUUGAAUGAUGAAGACUGGGAGUGAACUGAAAGGACAGGAACAGGCCAACAGGGAAAAUCGUUGGGUUGCCUAUUGUUUCCGAGUGCAGAUUGAUACAUGACAUUCUAUGGUUCUCUAAAUUCACGAAUCGGAAGUUUAGUCAACUCAGCUUUAAUCCCUUGCCUUUUUUUUGUCAUCAAAAUUAUAGUUCUAUCCAUUUGG